AUGGCGCUCUUCUGUUGCCGUCGCCGCUCUGCCCUCUGCUCUCUCCCCACUUCCGCCAGGCCCCGGAAGCGGCAGAUGCACGGCGCGAUGGCGUCGGAGGGAAUGGCGCCGGCUGAGCUGCAAGCGGAGGGUGGUACUGACGUGGAGCCGGAAAGCGGCUUUGGGCAGCUGCUGGAAGAAGAAGAGGAGGAUGGAGGUUACGUGCUGUACAGGGACAGGAAAGAGUGGGCAGACAUUGAACCCGUUCCUCAAAAUGACGGUCCGAAUCCCGUGGUUCAGAUCAUCUAUAGUGAAAAAUUUCGAGAUGUCUAUGAUUACUUCCGGGCCGUCCUACAGAAGGAUGAGAGAAGUGAAAGAGCUUUUAAGCUAACAGCAGAUGCCAUUGAAUUAAAUGCUGCAAACUAUACAGUUUGGCAUUUCCGGAGGGUCCUCCUGCAGUCUCUGGGAAAGGAUCUCUAUGAGGAGCUUAAAUAUAUUACAGCAAUAAUUGAAGAUCAACCAAAGAACUACCAAGUCUGGCAUCACAGACGAGUGUUGGUGGAGUGGCUGCAGGAUCCAUCCCAAGAGCUUGAGUUCAUAGCUGACAUUCUUAACCAGGAUGCCAAAAAUUACCAUGCUUGGCAACACAGACAGUGGGUUAUUCAGGAGUUCAAGUUAUGGGGCAAUGAACUGGAAUAUGUAGAUCAGCUUCUAAGGGAAGAUGUGAGAAACAACUCUGUCUGGAACCAAAGAUAUUUUGUAAUUUUCAACACCACCGGCUAUGAUGAUCCAGCAGUUCUGGACAGAGAAGUCCAAUACACUCUUGAAAUGAUUACAGCUGUACCACAUAAUGAGAGUGCUUGGAACUAUUUAAAAGGGAUUCUGCAGGAUCGUGGUCUUUCUAAGUAUCCACAUCUGCUGGAGCAACUGUUGAGUUUACAGCCCAGCCACAGUUCACCUUAUCUGAUUGCCUUUCUUGUGGACAUAUAUGAAGAUAUGCUUGAAAACCAGUGUGAAAACAAGGACGAAACAUUAAAUAAGGCAUUGGAGCUAUGUGAAAUCCUGGCCAAAGAAAAAGACACUAUCCGAAAAGAAUACUGGAGAUACAUUGGGAGGUCCCUUAAGAACAAGCAUAGCUCCAGCACUGAGCAGAGCACGAUGACGGACAAGCAGCAAUAACUGAACUUGGAAGAAAUAAUGUUAAGCUCUCAGGCUGUGUAGAAAAAUACUCAGUAGGGGACAUCAACUGUUGUAAAAUGCAUCAUAGCAUUCUCCUGGUGAAAGAGGUAUUGCUGCAAUAAAAGAGGACUGCAUAGUGCUGCAUAGUUUCUUGAGUUGCCUCUACUACUGGCGAUAUCUCUAGAUGUGGCAAAAAAUGAAUUAGAGCUUAAUAAUUUAAAUGUACCAACUAGAGGUAACAACAAAUACAUAAAGCUAUACUUGCUAUUUAUAAAGCACUAAACCAAUUUUUCACACCUACUUUUAUCUACUUGUUGUUUCUAACAGUCAUGUCAGAUGCUGCAGUAAUGACUGCAAUUAAUUCUACGCAUAGGGGAUAUAAAGUAACCUACUUCAGAUUAGUGUACAAGUAGGUGCUGAAGCUGUUUCUUUACGUGAGAGCAGCUAUGCAACACUGGCAGUAUGUACUGUUGUAUGCAAUUAAUGCCAACUGUCAUUUUGUAAUAAAAACAGUUAAAGCAUUUAUCUGAAAUUCUUAGUGAUUUCUUUUUUCAUCUUUGAAUGUUCAUGGUGUGUUCUUCUUAGAUGCCAGUUGAGAUUAAAAAUAGAAUGUCUGCUUUAUGUA